AUGCUCGUGUGCGCGCUCGCCACACCGUUCAGCCUUGUCGCCAGCACGCGCGGACGCUGGCUCGCGGGACGCACCGCGUGCGUGUGGUACGGAUUCGCCAAUUCGCUGUUCGGCAUUGUGUCACUCAUCUCCCUGGCUGUGCUUUCCUAUGAACGCUACCGUACGAUGUUGUGUCCAGCCAAGCCUGAUGUCACCAACUACAGGAGGGUUGCAGUGGGAGUUGUGCUGUCCUGGGUCUACUCCAUCAUCUGGACUCUGCCGCCGUUCUUCGGUUGGAGUCGCUAUGGACCCGAGGGGCCCGGAACCACCUGCUCGGUGGACUGGACAGCCAAGACGGGCAACAACAUCUCCUACAUCAUCUGCCUUUUUAUCUUCUGCCUCAUCCUCCCAUUCCUUGUCAUUGUCUACUCUUAUGGGAAGCUGUUUCACGCUAUCAAACAGGUGAGUGGCUUAAAGACUUCCACUGGCCAAAAGCGGGAGCACCAUGUUCUCCUCAUGGUCAUCACUAUGGUGGUGUGUUACCUGAUCUGCUGGCUCCCAUAUGGCAUCAUGGCACUGCUGGCUACGUUCGGAGCACCAGGUCUGGUGACAGCCGAGGUGAGCAUCGUGCCCUCACUCCUGGCCAAGACCAGCACCGUCAUCAACCCCAUCAUCUACAUCUUCAUGAACAAGCAGGUGAGGACGAGGAUCCGUUGA